AACUUUCUUUAUUAACUUGGAGAGCUUAUUCAGUUUGUACCUAUACCACAAUGAUUUUGAGAAGGGUAACUCAAGGUUACUCUUUUCAUGCUAUUCAUAUGUUCUCAAGGUGAGGAGUGAGAGAGACCUUGCUGUCAUAUUUUCGCAAAUUCUCAACACCACCAUCGAAACCUUCUCCUUUAUAUCAUUUUCACGACUUGCCUUUCCCACGACAAUGAGUUUCUGUGAGAAUCUGUGAAUGGUGUUGGUGAUAGAGACAAGGGGUUAAGGUUAAUUUUUGUUUUGUUGUGUUUUGUUUUUGUUUUCUGUCUCUUUGUUAUUAGGUGAACGUUUUCUUGAGCAUCUUAUUUGCAAAAUUGCACACUUUGGAGAAAAUUUCGGUAUGUUGUUGGGUUUUAUGAGUCCUAGAGAAAGAAUUUUUGUUGGGUUUAAGAGAUUCUGAAGAUUAAUUUUUGGGUAUGUUAUGGUGGUGAGAAAUACAGAGAUAAUUACCAAUUUUGUUGGGAGAAAGUUGAACUUUUUCUUGGGAGAAAGAGAGAGAGAGAGUGGUUGAUCAUUAAUUUUUGGGUUUGGUAGUUGGGGUGGGGGUAUUUGUGUAUUAUUCAGAGAUAAUAACGAAUUGUUGAGAGAGAGAGAUUUUUUGAGAGAAAGAGACAAAAAGUUGAGUUAUUUAUUUAUUUUUUAGUGGGUCAACUGUAUUACUGCAUCUCCUAGGAUGGCAGUGGUGAGUCCUGUGCUUGCAACAUCACAAAGGAUGGGUUCUGUGAGGUCACCUUCUGAUGCUAGUGGGGAAAUUUUGGAGGAGCCUAAUCCAGGUGUGGUUGAUCAGCCAAUCUAUGUUGCUGUGGCAAAAGAAGUGAAGGAGAGCAGAUCAAAUCUGAUAUGGGCAAUACAACACUACGGAGGAAAGAGGAUUUGCAUUCUUUAUGUUCAUGUUCGUGCAACAAUGAUCCCCCUAUUGGGAGGUAAAUUCCCUACAAGUGCACUAAAAGAGGAGCAGGUUCAAGCAUACUGGGAAGAAGAAAAGCAAGACAUGCAUAGGACUCUGGAUGAAUAUCUUCAAAUCUGUGAACGGAUGGGGGUGCGAGCAGAAAAAUUACAUAUUGAAAUGGAUAACAUUGAAAAAGGAAUUAUAGAGCUUGUAUCUCAGCAUGGCAUCCGAAAGCUUGUAAUGGGAGCAGCAUCAGAUAAGUACUAUAAUAGGAGAAUGAUGGACCUUAGAUCUAAGAAAGCCAUCUAUGUGUGUAAGCAAGCUCCAGCUUCUUGUCACAUACAGUUUAUCUGCAAAGGGCACCUUAUACACACAAGGGAUCACAGUUUGAAUGAAGGUAAUGUAGAGGUUGCAUCUCCUUUGGUGCAGCAAGUGCCAAACUCUGUGAGAACUUUCAGAUCACAGUCUGUUACACUGGGGCAAGGUCGCCGAGGAAAUCUAACCAAUGAUGCGCGCAGAGUAAGGUCUGCCAGUGAUGGACAUCUAGCAAGCUUUCCAGCUGUUUCUUCUCCAGAAGAAACUGUAGGGUUUUCAACUCCACGUGACAGGAUGGGUACAGAAGUAAGUUCUGAUGAAUCAGAAAGGCUGUCAAUGAUGAGUCCUUCUGGCUUGUCAAUAUCCUCUGACAGUGCAGUUGAUCUAGCUUUGACCCCAGGAUUAAUUACUGAAAGCAGUGAGAAUGCAUUAGAGUUGACUAUGAGUCAGCUGGUUAUAGAGGAUCUUCAUCAUUCAUCUCCUCCUAGUACACUGCAGGAUGGUGGAAUAGAUGAUACUAUCUACGACCAGCUUCAACAAGCUAUGACCGAAGCGGAGGAUGCUUCACUAACUGCAUAUAAAGAAACUGUCAGACGUAGGAAUGCUGAAAAAGAAGCCUUUGAAGCUAUACGCAAGGCUAAAGCUUCUGAAAGCUUAUAUACGGAGGAGUUGAACCUGAGGAAAUUGGCAGAGGAAGAACUUAGGAAAGAAAAAGAAGAACUUGAGAAUGCGAAGAGACUGAGAGACAAAGUUAGGGAAGAACUCCACCUCGCCCUUGAUCAGAAGGCAUCUCUGGAGAGUCAGAUUGCAUCAUCUGAACUUAUCAUAAAGGAGCUGGAGCAGAAGAUUGUAUCUGCUGUGGAUCUGUUACAGAGCUACAAGAAUGAACGAGAGGAAUUGCAGAUUCAGCGUGAUAAUGCUUUGAGAGAGGCUGAAGAAUUGAGGAAAAAGCAAGGAGAGACCUCAAGCUCCCAUGUCCCUCAAUUGUUCUCAGAAUUCUCCUUUUCAGAGAUUAAAGAAGCAACAGAUAACUUCAAUCCAUCCUUAAAAGUUGGUGAAGGUGGAUAUGGAAGUAUAUUUAAAGGUGUCUUGAGUUACACUGAGGUGGCUAUAAAAAGAUUGCACUCUGACAGCAUGCAAGGACCCUUGGAGUUUCAACAGGAGGUUGAUGUGCUGAGCAAACUAAGGCAUCCCAAUCUUAUCACACUCAUUGGAGCCUGCCCAGAUGCAUGGGCUCUUGUCUAUGAGUAUUUACCCAAUGGAAGCCUCGAAGAUCGCCUUGCCUGCAAGGAUAAUACCCCUCCAUUAUCGUGGCAAACUCGAAUCCGUGUUGCUACUGAACUAUGCUCUGCCCUCAUCUUUCUCCAUUCCAGUAAACCUCACAGCAUAGUGCAUGGUGACUUGAAACCGUCGAACAUUCUCCUUGAUGCAAACCUUAUUAGCAAGCUUAGUGACUUUGGAAUAUGUCGUAUAUUAUCGAACUGUGAGAGUUCCAGUAGCAAUUCUACAGAGUUUUGGAAAACUGACCCAAAAGGAACAUUUGUCUACAUGGAUCCUGAGUUUCUUGCCUCAGGGGAACUUACUCCGAAGUCAGAUGUUUAUUCAUUUGGAAUCAUAUUGUUGAGAUUAUUGACAGGGAGACCAGCCUUGGGAAUAACAAAGGAAGUGAAAUAUGCAUUAGAUACUGGAAAGUUGAAAUCCCUUUUGGAUCCUGUGGCUGGAGACUGGCCAUUUGUGCAGGCUGAACAAUUGGCUCGCUUGGCUUUGAGAUGUUGUGAUAUGAACCGAAAGAGCCGUCCAGAUCUUUAUUCUGAUGUCUGGAGGAUACUUGAUGCAAUGAGAGUUUCUUCGGGAGGCACAAACUCCUUUGGACUAAGUUCUGAAGGACUUUCACAACCUCCGUCAUAUUUUAUUUGCCCAAUCUUCCAGGAAGUCAUGCGAGAUCCACAUGUAGCAGCAGAUGGUUUUACUUAUGAAGCUGAGGCUAUACGAGGAUGGCUUGAUGGUGGUAAUGACAACUCACCAAUGACUAAUGGUAAGCUUGCACAUCACAAUCUUGUUCCCAAUCGUGCUCUUCGCUCUGCAAUCCAUGACUGGCUUCAAAACCACUGAUCAAUAGCAUUAUUUUUCUCCCAUUUUAAUUGAACUGUAUAUCUAUUGUUUGUAGACAUUCUAGGAAAGAAAGUUAUCAUUUCAUUUUGUUAGCUUGUAUCAGGUUCUUCAAUCACACUUUAUACCUAUCCUCUUGUAUAGGUUAGAUAACAACAUGAUUAUCCUACAAUAGUUGUACAGUACACAUUAUAUAAGAUAUAUAUCAGAACGGUUCUUUGUGUGAUUA